CCGGGAGUCACAUGACUGGAAAGGAGAACCAAUAGGAGAGCUCGGCUCAGGUUUCAGCCAGGGAGAACAGAAGGGAAAGAGGAGGGAGGAAGAGGCAAGACCUAAUCUGAGCUCAUGGGCAGGAGUGGAAUCUUGCCGGCUUGAGACAACACUUCUUCAAACUAUAACUCUGUCUGGAUUACCAACGUUCGGAGUCUUCCAAUGGCACGUUUUGGGAUCAGAGGGAUUGGGAUACACAGGAACAGUUCAGGAGUGACUUCUGGAGGACAGUGAGAAGAAGAAGGAGGAAUCAUCAGCAUUUCCCCCUCUGCCACACACUCAUCUGCGUUUCUCCAGUGGGAGAAUGGGGGCAGGAGCUAUGACUGUCUGUCACAGCAAGGCCGCAGUGCAGGUCAAAGAGGACAUGAAGAAGAUGGUCCAGAUACCCAUCCUCAGAUCCAGAGCGGUGGCCGCCCAGCACACCAAACUGUUCGGAGCGUCCCUGUUUGAGCUGCGAGAGCGGGGCCUGGAGGAGGACGGAGUCCCGCUCGUGGUGAAGAGGAUGGUGGAGCAUCUCACCAAGCAUGCGCUGCAUCAGGAGGGUUUGUUCAGAGUAAACGGGAACGUUCGUGCUGUGGAGACCCUUAAACUGCGUCUGGAGAGCGGGGAUGAUGUGGACCUGCUCUCUGAGUGCGAUUCGUCCACCGUGGCCAGCUUGAUCAAGAAAUUCCUCAGAGAUCUGCCGGGGGGUCUGGUGGACGCGGCGGUCCAGCAGGCUCUGAUCCAGAGCUACAGAGAAAAUGGCUCCAGCUCAGAUCUGAGCAUCCUCCUCCAGAAACUUCCAGAUGUCCAGCACAAGCUCCUGCGGUACCUCUGCCACUUCCUCACACUCGUGGAGAACAACCGCAAAGACAACCUGAUGACCGCAGACAACCUCGCCACUGUGUUUGGACCCAAUGUCUUUCAAGUGGCUCCUGGGUUUGAAUCAAUGAAAGACCAGUACACCUGCAACAAGAUCAUGGCUAAACUUAUCCGGGACUACCGCAGCAUCUUCGAGGCAGACGGCGACGAGGAGGCCGGCACAGGGGAGCAGAGCUCACCUAUCACUGUCAAGUCUAAGGAAGCACAGAUGACAAAAACGCCUCCCAAACGUCUCCAUGAGAAGACCCUGAGAGCAGCUCCAAGAACAAAAACGGUGCAUUUAAAGGCACCAGGAAGUGAUGAAUGUGUGAAUACAUCCUGCAUGGACCCUCUGAAGUUGAGGACAAGAAAAAAGAAGGUUAAAAAAGGAGGGAUUAAGCCUGUAGAUGUCCCACAAUCCAGCUCUUCCACAGGAUCACCGCACAGACGAUCCUUCUCCAUCCCCAUCGUUCUGCCCCUAACGUCACAGCUGAGGAGUCCCGGCUCGGGCCGGAUGGACCAGGCGCCGCUCCUGCACGUGGAGUCGAGCCUCUCAGGAAGCUCGGAGGCCCUCAGCAGCUCCCAAGAUGAUGACAGACCAAUAUCUCCGUUCUAUAUGAGCAACCACCUCCACCCUGUCCGCUGCAAACCAGACACAACAAAUUUUCUAGACCAAACCAUUCGCUCAGCAGUGGAGCAGCACGUCUUUGGUGCAAACACAAUAGCAGAUCAACCCCAGGAGAGCUGCGACUUCACCACGUGUCCUUCAAGCCCAAGGGUGAAGCCAACUGCGCGGCAGAGACGCCGGCGCCAAAGGGAGCAACAGGAAGAGGGCCUGGGACUCCAAGAAAAAAACAGAGCUGGUUCCACCAGAACAGACAACAACAAAGAAAACAUUCCAUCCAGCGUUGGCAGCAGCUCAAACAGCCUGGUAGAGGACACGGUUGGAAGUGAGGUCUCACAGGGAAGCCAGAGCAGCACUUCUGAACAAAUCCCCAGAUCCAGGAAGUCUUCACACAGCCCAACGACCGUCCAGCUCAUUGAACACCAGGCCGACCACACGUCUAGAGAGUGUGUUAGUGAAGGACCAGAUGAAAAUCACAUGGACACUCUUCACAAAGGGAAUUAUAUACCGCUGAAAAACGGUCUUGGAUUUGCUUCACAGGCGUUAAGGAUGAAGAUUCAGGAGUCGCCCGUUACUUGUGACACGGCGAGGGUCGGGGGCGUGGAGGUACGAGGCUCGGACCCGGACCGAGAGAAGACGAGCUGCGAGGACGUGCCUCGGCUCGACCUGACAGCGCUGACGGAGGACUGCUGGGGAGAACCCGCCCCAGCGUACUCGCUACACAGAGAGAGCAUGGACCGCGAGGAGGCCCGGCUCUCCCCUCACGCCGGGGGCCGUCUGAUCCGCCAGCUCCUGGAGGAGGACAGCAGCCCCAUGGUGUCCCCUCGUUUCUACGCCUACGAACAGAGCCAGCAGUACCUGGACGACACAGAAGUGCCUCCCUCGCCGCCAAACGCUCACUCGUUCGUCAGCCGCAGAAGGAGUUCGUCUCUGGGCUCUGGAGACGAUGACCGGGAGGAGCUGACCUCUGCCCAGCUCACAAAGAGAAUUCACAUACUGAAGAAGAAGAUCCAACGGUUUGAGGAGAGGUUUGAGGAGGAUCGUAAAUACAGGCCAUCCCACAGUGACAAAGUUGCAAACCCGGAGGUGCUCAGAUGGGUCAACGAACUAGCCCGGCUCCGUAAAGAGCUAAAAGAACAAAAGCUCAUGAAACCGGAGGAGGACCUUCUUCCUGUGACACGCCAGCGCAGCAACACACUGCCCAAGAGCUUCGGCUCGCAGCUCGACAGGAAGUCCCAGCAGGAGAAGGCGCAGAAGCCGCCGGUGGAGAGCACCCUGGAGUCUAUUGAGAAGAAGCUGCAGGAGAAGAGGGAGGAGGUGAACCGCCCUGAAGACAUCAAGGAUAUGACACGUGACCAAAUCGGAUUGGAGAAAGUCGCCCUGCAGAAAGCUCUUCUCUACUACGAGAGCAUACACGGCCGACCGGUGACCAAAAGCGAGCGGCAGGUCAUGAAACCUCUGUACGACAGAUACCGGCUGGUGAAGCAGAUCCUGUGCAGAGCCACCACCAUCCCCGUCAUUGGCUCCCCCUCCAGCAAGCGCAGAGGUCCCCUCCUUCAGCCCAUAAUUGAGGGUGAAACCGCACUCUUCUUCGAUGAUAUCAAGGAGGAGGAAGACGGCUCGGAGGACGACGGUGACACCAAGACUCAGUUCAAAAUGACGGUGGAGAGCGACCUCAGCAUGCUCAGCAUCCUGGACCACAUGGACGAGGAGGUGGACGGGUUUGUGUCGCCCGUGGAUGAGCUGAAGAACACAACAGACAUGAGGCUGUCCAACCUGCACUCAGCUACCACGCAGGAACUCGUCGAGCAGCUUCAGGAGGCAAGAGAGGAGAAAAAGAGGAUCCGCAAGAACCUCAAGGAGUUUGAGGACCAGUUUUUUCGGCAAAACGGAAGAACUGCUCAAAAGGAGGAUCGCUCGCCGCUUGCAGUGGAGUACCACGAAUACAAACACAUCAAAGCCAAACUGCGGCUGCUGGAAGUUCUCAUCAGCAAAAGAGACGCUACUAAGUUCAUCUGAAAAAAGACUCUAUAAAGACUGGUGCUCAGUGUCUAGCGAUACGAUGAAACACAUCUUUCUUAAGGAGAGACAUCCCUUCAUGUCUAGCUGCUCUGGGAGCAGCACACCUGUUACUGCCCACUAGACUUCACCUGAAGUCCUCCGUCGCCUUCAAAUGGAUGUUCCUUCAAAGCCAGACGCGCACAAUGAAUCAGUUUUUUAUUAAAUGAAUGAUUAACUUAUUCCUAACAUCUUGAAAGUAACAAAUUGUAUAUUUUUUCUCCUGUUUUAACUGUAGAAAUCUCUAAAGAAAAAGAAAGCAUAAAUAAUUUAAAGUAUAGUUAAAAAGUUAUUGAAGAAUUUUGUGCUGAAGUUGUGUAUUUAUGUAUAUUUUUUCUAAGGGAGACGUUACUUUUGUGUGUCAGCUUCAACAAAUAGCUUUCUGUGCUUCGUCCUGACCGUCGCAAUGACCUCCCGUCUCGCCACGACCCCAAAGGCACGACCCGUUCAGUGAAAGGAUUGCCUCAGAGCACUUUGGCCUCGUUUGUUCCAAACACGUUUCCAACUCUACUUCAUGUCCAAUAAGCUAUUAGGUCUCUGGUUUGACGCGAUGGUAGAGGGGGGGGGUGUAAAAUGGCUGCUACACGUGACGCCACGCUUGACCGGUGCAUCUGUCAUCGCCUUCAGAAAUCGAUUGCUCAUCUGUAAAUACUGAUCAUCUGUUAUGUUUACAUUUCUGUGAGCGAAUACUCGACUUCUUUUCUUUUCUCCAAAGUGGAUGAUUAUCAGUGUGAAUUUUUUUCACUUCGUGUAAACACUGGCCAGGCCGAAUGAAACCUCGAGUGUGUACAUUUUAGUACAUAAAUUGGAUUUUGUACAUAAUAAAUGAAAUCCUAUUUUUACUGACA